AUAGCGGUAUCCUGCGCUUGCACGUGGACUAAAAGUGCUGCAAUGGUAACAAUGAAAUGAAGCAGCUUCUUCAUGGUUUCAAGUCAUUUGGGAGAAUGCUGGAAAAAAAAAUUAACAAAAAAAGGAAAUCCUGCCAUUUAAAAACUAUUUUUUUUUUACUUUAAAUGUAGGGCCCAUUUUUUUAUUAUUUUCUUUUUGGUUCUUAUCUGCAUUUCAGUUUUUCCCUUUCAAUUAUGAAAUUAACUGCCCUCGUAUCUCUUGCGUUUGCAUGUGUUGCCGUCGCUAAGCCUUCCCACGACAGGGGCUAUCAGUCUCCCUUGGGCGUCCCAAUGGAAGGACCUCCUCUGCGUGUUUCUCGACGUAUGCUCGACACUUCUCGCGUACCUUUUGAAGAGCACAAUGGAAACAGUCCUUGGCUCGGUCAAAAUGUCGAUUUCCAGUAUAUCGCGCCCUUGUUGAAGGAAUUGAAUUCCACAGCUGAGUCGUUGCUCAGCCGAGGCGAGGCUCACAUCACCGUGGUAACGCCACCUGAAUUCAAAACAUUGAAUACUGCGAAUAUCACUAUUCAGGAACUCAAUGAUCUGGCCAAAAAGCACCGUAUCCAAUCCGGACGUUUCCGUGCUGUUUGCCUGGGCAAGGAACAAGUGGAAGCGAAGGGCAAGAAUUAUGUUGUCUAUCAAGUCAUCGUCGAUGCCCCUCACCUUGUCCGCCUCCGAGAAGAAAUUUUCAGACUUUACUAUGAGAAGGGCGGGAACACUGCGCUGUUUGAUCCUCGUGUACGUAAAAAACUGGAAAGAAAAAAAAAUAUACUGAUUCCACGAGCAAAUAUGAUCUGACUCAACUUCCUUAAAUGGUAUAGAACUUCCAUCCCCACAUUACCGUUGGCUACACAGUUGGAGACCUGUUUGAAGAUCAGAAUGUCUGGAAGGGCUACAACGUCUGCCAUCGUCCCUUGUUGAUUCGCUAAAAUAAGGGAGCAAAGGAAAUCAUGCUAUUCACUAGCCAGAAUCGACAUUAAGAAAAGUUGAGGAACAUGUCAUUCAUGUUUACAGUUUUAUAGAGCACAUGCCUUUUGCGGUGAUUAAAGUCUGCUUAAUGAAAUUUCGCCGAUUGAUAAUCGCUAUGGUGAUACUAUGUGUUAAAAAACGUUCAAAUGCAGCAUAUCCCGCGCUUUUACCGUUUCAAUGAAUGGCGCACGGUAUCAAUAGUGUGGGAUUUACCCAGCCCUUUAUU